AUGCCUGGAUUAAGCACUGACAUGGUUGUUCACAAGUUGCCAAUUGAUCCUAAUUUUCCUCCGAUAAAGCAGAAGUUGAGAAAACUCAAAACCGACAUGAGUGUAAUAAUUAAAGAGGAGAUCACAAAACAACUUGAGGCCAAAGUCAUUCAAGUCGCUCAAUAUCCUUCUUGGUUAGCCAAUAUCGUACCUGUCCCUAAGAAAGACGGCAAAUCAAAUCAUGUGAAAGACUUAAGGAGAUUCUUCGAAAGGCUCCGCAGGUAUAAUCUCAAGCUUAAUCCUGCAAAAUGUGUAUUUGGAGUACCAUCGGGAAAGCUUUUGGGGUUUAUAGUCAGUCCAAGAGGUAUCGAGUUGGAUCCUUCAAAAAUAAAAGCAAUUCAAGAAUUGCCACCUCCAAAGAACAAAAUUGAGGUUAUGAGCCUUCUAGGAAGGUUAAACUACAUCAGCAGAUUCAUUGCUCAACUCACAACAACUUGUGAGCCUAUCUUUAAGUUGUUGAAAAAGAAUGCCACAGUCGAGUGGACCGAAGAAUGUCGAGAAGCUUUUGAAAGAAUUAAGAAUUACCUAUCGAAUCCCCCUGUGUUGGUUCCUCCCGAGCCGGAAGCCUUUGAUAUUCAUGAUGACACUGGGAAGAAAGAGCGGGCCAUUUACUACCUCAGCAAGAAGUUUACCAUUUACGAAGCGAAGUACACCCUUCUUGAAAGAACGUGUUGUGCCCUAACUUGGGUAGCACAGAAGUUGAAACAUUAUCUUUCAUCUUACACUACUUAUCUCAUCUCUCGUAUGGAUCCGUUGAAAUAUAUUUUUCAAAAGCCCAUGCCCACAGGCAGGCUUGCAAAAUGGCAAAUAUUGCUCACACAGUUUGACAUUAUCUAUAUAACGCGGACCACAAUGAAAGCUCAAGCAUUAGCAGAUCAUUUGGCAGAGAACCCUAUUGAUGAAGAAUAUGAACCACUUAAAACCUAUUUUCCAGAUGAAGAGAUAUCGUGUAUCGAUGAAGUUAUUCACGAUAACGAUCAAGGUUGGAAGUUAUUCUUUGAUGGUGCCUCUAACAAGAAAGGAGUUGGAAUAGGAGCUGUUCUUAUGUCUGAAUCAGGGGAAUAUUACCCUAUAUCAGCCCAACUUAGAUUCUAUUGUACUAAUAAUAUGUCUGAGUAUGAAGCGUGCAUUUUGGGUCUGAGAUUAGCUGUUGACAUGGGCAUCCAAGAAUUGUUAGUGUUAGGAGACUCAGACUUACUAGUUCAUCAAAUUCAAGGAGAAUGGGAAACUCGAGACCCAAAGCUCAUACCAUAUCAACAUUGUUUACAAGGUCUUUGUCAACUAUUCAUGUCGAUAAAUUUUAGACACAUUCCCAGAGUGCACAAUGAGAUCGCAGAUGCAUUGGCCACUUUAUCUUCGAUGCUCCAACACCCUAAUGACGCCCAUAUCGACCCUUUAUACAUACAAAUUCGUGAUCAACAUGCCUAUUGCAACAUGAUUGAGGAGGAAUUUGAUGGUAAGCCUUGGUUUGAUGAUAUCAAAACAUAUCUUCAGUCUGGAGAAUGUCCGUCAGAUGUAACUACUAAUCAAAAAAGGAAUAUUCGACGACUAGCUAGGGGUUUUUCUUAA